GUAGGAUUUGUUUUGGUGAGACACCUGUCAUGGCGGUCACGCAGCUGCCGUCGUGGAGUUGUCUCUUCUGAGGGCUGUGUUGUUGUGUUUUAGCAGCCAACUAGCUUUGAGCAGGUCCAGCAGCCGAGCUACAGGAGCACAGGGACGAGGUGGCGUCCCAACCGAGGUCUCUUCAGUCAGAAUUCACCAGGAAUUACGAGGAAACAAACAAGAAAAGAGCAGACAAACUACACCUCAGCACAAAUGAGAAUAUUAUAACUGUACAGUGCCGGAUACCACAAAGCCUCAACACAUCACAGAGGACUUCAGUAAAGAUACUAAAGAUGUGAUGUGAUGUCGGACAAGCGUCAGCGUGCCAGAGUCCAGGGCUCCUGGGCCAAACAACUCCCAAAACACACAAGACCAGCAGGGACUGUUUCAAACAACCAUCAACAUCAACAUCAACCUCAAAAUGCCAACCCGGCCCCCAGCUCUUGGGGAUUUGGGCCACAGAACACAUCUGAGACAUUUGAGUUUCAUCAGCCCACUAAGCCAAUUAGAGAUGUUCCACCAGAGAAGGUGAUAGAACAGGCAGGUGAUUAUGAGAUCAGCCAUGGACCGUCAGGAGUGUCCAGGCUGCGGCUUCUGCCUGGUUUUCUUUCCACAGAGGAGGCUGACUGGAUGUUCAGUAAGCUGUUAGCAGAGCUUCCCUGGUCCCAGAAGACUAACUACAGACAGGGUGAGGCAUACGAUGAGCCCAGGCUGACCUGCUGGUAUGGAGAGCUGGCCUAUACAUACGCUCGCUCCACCAUGGCUGCCAACACACAGUGGCACCCAUUGCUGUUACCCCUCCGUGAGGCGGUGGAGCAGGCGAGCAGUUGCAGAUUCAACUCCCUGCUUUGUAACAUGUAUCGGGACGGCCAUGACAGCAUUGGCUGGCACAGUGACGAUGAGGCAUCCUUGGGUGCCAAACCUACAAUCGCUUCCCUCAGUCUGGGGGACACCAGAGUGUUCAAUCUUCGCAAGCAGCCUCCACCGGAGGAGAAUGGUGACUACACUUAUGUGGAGCAGAUUCGGGUUCCCCUGAGUCAUGGGACACUUCUACUGAUGGAGGGAGCCACACAGGACGAUUGGCAGCAUCAAGUGGCUAAAGAGUACCAUGACCGAGGCCCGCGCAUCAACUUGACCUUCAGAACUGUCUACCCAGAGCCGGAGGGUCACAGGCCGGGGACCAAGCUUCGCUUCGCUGCCAAGCAACAGUAAACUCCCCUCAGCGUCAGGUACUUGAGGCUUAGGAAAGUGCAGAUUUUGGCUGUUGAGCCAAGUCUUGCAAACACAAUCACUGAGGUAGUGACCACAGUGUGAAUAACAGCUUCCUCCUACAACAACGGGGAGAUUUACUCUGCCUGAAUUCAACGGUUGCAUAAGUGAACCAUAAUAAUACGUCAGUCGUGACCAGUGGUCAUUAUCAGAUAUCUGUGUUUUUCGGAGAAGCAGUCCACGAGAUUAUGAAGACUUUGAGACUUUGUGAGAUGUCAGCCCUGUUUACUACUUCGACUUUAUUUAUUCUUUCAGCACAGACAGUGGUUUCAUUUCAGACAGUAAUUUGAUGAAAUUCUGGAGAGUAUGUUGGGGCCUGUAACUCGGCAACCAGCACUGAGCAUGGUAUCUAAUGCCACACUAACUUUUGUUGCCAACAGUUAAGUUUAGUUUGUACUGGGAAGCUCCCAGGUGGCAGCGUCUAUUAUGGUAUAAACAGAUUCAAUGUCCAUAUCUUUAUAUAUACCAUGUUUUUUUGUUUUGUUUGAGGGUUCCUUUCAUCAAAGUUUCAUUUUGGCAAUACAUUUUGUGAAAAUGUAGGUUUUGCUGAGGUUUGAACAGUCAAGUAAUAAUAAUAAUCACUAACCAGUACACGUGCUGAAAGACAUGAUGUGUUCAGAGUGCUCACUGCACAGCACGUCACUGUCGAUGUGAUUGUCGGUGUAAUGCUGCGAAAUGUAAACAAUUUCUUGCCAUGUUUAUCUCGGGGGGCUGUUUGGAGAACGCCUGGUUGCUAUAAAAAGACAAGGAACAAGUUAAAUGGUCUCUUGGGCCUGUUGAGACAAAUAAGACAAUAAAUCACGACAUUGCUGCAGCAGUUAGCACAACAACACUCCCACAAAGCUAUAUUACUGACAUCUGAAAAAGCAUGAAAUGGGGGAAGCACAAAACUCAAAAAGGGGGGGGGUAAGCAGACAACUUAAACAACCCACAUGAUGCGAUAUUCUGUUCAUUAUGUAACAAUAAAAAGAUGCAGUUUGUUCUUGAUUGAUGUUCUUCUGAAAUAAAAAAAUGGUUUUCUGUUGAAA